AAUUUAAAUUUAAAAAUUAAAAUUCGAUCGAAUUUUAUUACACCCCUCCGAUGCUAUUGAAUUGUACCCGAGGAGACCGUCGGCGUUAGUGUCGAUUUCGAUAUCACUAAGUCAACGGUUCAUCCGCGAGCAAGUAUGUGAAAGACCAUACUAAUUACCAACUGAGGUGGUUUGUUCUUUUAUUGCUUGAUGAUCUCAUUAAAUGCAAAGACUACUUGACAAUUCAACGAACAGAAUCAUCUGUAAGAAGGAAAGGAAAAAAAAUAGAGAAUUAUCCAAAAUAAAGAGACAGUCAAGAUUUGUUAAAAAAAUUUUAACAAAAAGGAAAAGAAAAAGAAAAAGUGAGAAAAGAAGCAGAAACAGUUCAUCAUCAUCGAAGAGAUUCGGCGAAAUAGCAGCUGGAGUAAUAAACCCUAAACCCCUAAAAUCUUUCGAUUGAAAUCAGUUCAGAUUUCUCGUACAUGGCUUCUUCAGAGAUCGAGGUGCUAUCAUUAGAAUCAGAACCCAAAACCCAACAACAAAACCCUACUCAACAAAUUGCUGUAGUUGAUGUCUUCUCGGCCUCUGCUUAUGGAGAUUUUCACAAACUGAGAAAAUUCGUCGAAGAAGAUGGUGCCUCUCUUAUAACACCUGACAGUAACGGCUAUUACGCCCUUCAGUGGGCUGCUUUCAACAACUUGUCAGAUAUUGCCCAAUACAUUAUCGAGCAUGGUGGAGAUGUGAAUGCAAUUGACAAAAACAAGCAAACUGCUUUGCAUUGGGCUGCAGUUAGGGGUUCGACUGCAGUGGCAGAUGUGCUCUUGCUAAAUGGAGCUCGGGUCGAAGCUGCUGAUGUCAGUGGGUAUCGGGCAGUUCAUAUAGCAGCUCAGUAUGGGCAAACGGCUUUCUUAAAUCACAUUAUUGCAAAAUAUCACGCUGAUUAUGAUGCACCUGAUAAUGAUGGAAGGUCGCCACUUCAUUGGGCUGCAUAUAACGGAUCUUCGGAUACAAUUAGAUUGCUUCUAUUUAGAGAUGCAUCUCAAGGGAAACAAGACAAAGAAGGUUGCACUCCAUUGCACUGGGCUGUAAUAAGAGGAAAUGCAGAGGCAUGCACUGUACUUGUGCAUGCAGGCACAAAGCAGGAAUUAGCGGUGAAAGAUAAAGCUGGAUUUACCCCUGUUCAGCUUGCAUAUGAUAAAGGUCAUCGGCAAAUUGCUGUCUUCCUUUCUAAUGCAGAUAGAGCCAAUAGCAAAUUCUUGGUGGACAAAUUUUGCAGUGGGAAGAUGGGGAAAGUUGGUUAUGCUCCUAUAUUGUUUUGUUUUGUAAUUCUUCUUAUUAUCCUAUUCAUCAACUCGGUUCUUCUUGCUCCAAGUCUUUCUAAGGUAACUGCCAUUGUUGGACUUUGGGGAUGGAUUGGUGUUUCUCUAGGUAUUGGUUCGUUGAUAAUGUUCUACAGAUGUAGUAGUAAAGAUCCGGGUUAUAUUAAAAAAUUUAGAAGAUUGGAUGGCUAUGAAGAUUCAGAGGAUCCCUUGCUGGAUAUUGAUCUGAACAAUUCGUCAGUAUGGACAGGAAAUUGGUCUCAGCUUUGCCCUACCUGCAAGAUAAUAAGACCUGUUCGUUCGAAGCACUGCCCUAUCUGUGAUCACUGUAUUGAGCAGUUCGACCAUCAUUGCCCUUGGAUAUCUAACUGUGUUGGGAAGAGAAACAAAUGGGACUUCUUUGUUUUCAUUUGCAUGGGAACCUUGACUUCAUUCCUUGGUGCAUUGGUUGCAGUUCAAAGGAUUUGGACAGCAGUACCAGCAUUGCCUGCUGGUGAAACAUGGAUUCAUCAUGUGAUUGUUCAUUAUCCUGGUCUUGUUGCAUUUCUCAUAUUGGAUGUUCUUCUUUUGAUUGCUGCUACCACUUUGACCACAGUACAAGCAUCCCAGAUAGCUCGGAAUAUCACCACUAAUGAAUUAUCAAAUGUCAUUCGCUAUGGCUAUCUUCGUGGCCAUGAUGGACGUUUCCGGAACCCAUAUAAUCAUGGUUGCCGAAAGAAUUGUGCAGAUUUCCUCAUUCGUGGCUACACUGAUGAUGAAAUUGCUUGGCCUCCGUUACAGAGAGUUGCCAGUUAGAGCUACUAUGGUUAGCUUGUGUCAUGUUCCCUAUUGUGUAGAUUCAUACAUCCCAGUCCCAGUCAUGUUGAUAUACAAACCCUUUGCUCAUUAUGACCAGAAAGGAAAGAGGACUUCAGAAUUUAGAAAGUCUGAUUCAAAAUAUACUACAAAAAAUUUCGUAUGAUAAAGCAAUGUAUGGGACUAUUAUGGAAUGGGAAUUACAAGUUUUUUAUUUUUUUUUAAAGGGUUAA